CGCUGUAUGCUUACAACUGGCUUUUGAGUUCCGGAAGAUUUACUUAAAGAGGCUCAUAUAUAUUAUUCAAACGUCAGUUCAUUUGUGAUAGUAGUUCUGCAACGGUCCGUGAUCAGAAAUGUUCCUGUAUAUCCUUUGCCUGGCUGCCUUAUAUUUUCUGUAUCGGUGGUACAGAGAGAGCAAGACAGUUCCUAAUAAAUCGGACAAAUAUGUCUAUAUCACCGGCUGCGACUCGGGGUUCGGAAACCUUCUGGCAAGGCAUCUGGACAAGCGGGGCUUCUGCGUGAUUGCCGCAUGCUUCACGGAAAAGGGGGAGGAGGACCUACAGAAGGGCUCCUCCAAUAGGCUCGCCACCGUCCACCUUGACGUCACCAAAACCGAAAGCGUCAGAAAAGCAGCAGAUUUCCUCAAGAAUAAGGUUGGGGGUAAAGGCCUGUGGGGCGUGGUUAACAAUGCUGGUGUCUCAAUACCAUCGGGGCCCUGUGAUUGGCUCUCAAUUGAGGAUUACAAGUCCAUGCUGGAUGUGAAUCUUCACGGCGUCAUCGCCGUGACCCUGAGUGUGCUUCCACUCAUCAAGAAGGCCAAAGGGCGCGUGGUGAAUGUGGCCAGUGUCUUCGGUAGGAUAAGUCCGUUCGGUGGACCAUAUUGCGUCUCCAAGUACGGAGUGGAGGCCUUCAAUGACAGCCUGAGGAGAAACAUGGUGCCAUUUGGAGUUAAAGUCCUAUGCAUCGAACCGGGCUUUUUCAGAACCAGUGUGACUGACAUUGACAUUUUACGUGAUUGCGCUAAGAAAUUGUGGACAAAAUUACCGCAGGAAAUCAAAGAUGAAUAUGGGAGCAAUUACUUGGAUAAAGUGGAGACGAUGUUGAAGGAGAAGUUCAUGAAGAUGCCAGAUGGGGACCUGAUGAAGGUGGUGAGCUGCAUGGAGCACGCCCUUUCUGCAGUCCACCCUCGCACACGCUACUCGCCUGGGUGGGAUGCAAAGUUUUUCUGGAUCCCACUGUCCUAUAUGCCAACCUGCAUUGCUGAUUACUUAUUACUUAAAGAUGCAAUCUUCCCAGAGAAGUCUGUAAUCUAGCCAUUUCCGUUUGUCAAGUCUUGUUGAGACUUAUAAACUAGUAUUGUUUCUCGUAUUGUCACCUAAUCAAUAAUGAUGUAACCGGUGCUUUUAUAUAAUAAACUUUAGGACCUGUUGCAGUACUCUGUAAUAUGGUCAUAAAGACAAACUGAGCAGAUGUGCCUGUGAAUGAAUGAGAUCAGUUUAUCUGGAUCAGAUUUACGAUAUUACAAAGUACAAUCUCUCUAUGUAUGGAGCACAUUAAAAUAUUUACAGUGGCUUCAGGUAAUAAAGGAAUUGGCUUCAUCACAAUUUGGAAACUACAAAGUUGGAUCUAUUUAAGUGGGUGUUUCUUCUUUCUUUUAACACAGGACUAAAAUACGCUCAGAAGUGUACCUUUCAGAAGCUUAAACUGUUAGCUUAACUAAGCUAAGUAACUGCAACUGUGGUGCUGUAAUAGUGUUACUUAUAUUAAACAUGCUGUCUUAGGGAAAUUAAACCAUUUCAGAACAGUGAAAGUAGCAGCAUCUUAAAUUCAGGGAAACAGCCAUAUAGUUUAGACAGCAUUGCUGCAUGUUUUAGGACUACAGAGGAACUGGAAGAAAGCCAUACAGUUCACUCAGGGCUGGGGGUGGGAAUAAAAUCCAUAAUCCUGGAAUUCACAACAGUCUAUUUUCAGAAAGUUUAUUGUAUAGAAUGGUUAAACUAGCAGAAAUGACGGUGUAAUCUGGAUAUAGGAACCAGGACAUCGAACAGAACGCUUCAGGCCAUUCUGUAAACCAGCAAUUCUCAACCCAUGGGUCGUGACCUAAAUUUGGGUCACAGCAAGGAUCGCAAGGCAGAGUUGAAAAUGUAUGCAUUUUAAAACCAGCAAGCUGCUAUGCUGAUCCACAAUCAGAUUUCCCAGCCCCAAUCCUGGAAUUAACCUGUAUAAAUGGGUCUUAGAUCUGCAAAUGUUUAGCGCAAAACUAGUAAACAUUUGACCAAUCCAAGAAGCGAAAGCACAGAUGCUUAAUUUAAAAUUCAUUGACAUAUCCAAUCAGAUUUGUGUGAUAGGCAUUGAUUGGUGAAGCAGUGUGCACCCUGGUAAGUUUGUUAUACCAGAUUAUAUAAUGCAAACUUUAUAAAUUAUAUAAUUAAUUGUCUUUUUUAAUCAGUUAAUAUAGUAUAUUUUAAUGAUCUGAUAUAUAAUUGCAGUUCUUAAUUUGAAUCUUGGGGUCUGCAGUUAAAGUGUUUUUAAUGGUGUGAAAUAAACAAAACAUUCACAAUAUUAUGAAGAAAAUGUAAUCCAUCUACCAGUAUGGGUGGAAUAAUGGCUCAGUAAGGAGAAUUUUGAUCUCA